AUGAUCCGAGAUCUGUUAAUGUUAAUGGUGGUGCCAAUGUUAUUGUCGGUGAUAUUGUUUGUUUGUACGGGGAAGAACAAUAGUACGAAGAAACAAUUACGAGCAGCUUCUAAAAAAUCAGAGAAACUGAAGCCAAGUAAAAGUGUUAAGACAUGCAAAGAUACUCACACUGCGGAAACUUCAGCUGCAAAGGUAGGUUUACAUUGAUAAUUAUGGUUUGUUUUCAGCUUUUGAUGGUAUUUGAAGGUGUUUUAAUGAUUAAAUAAGAUUUUUUAACGAUUUUCAAAUAUUUUUUUUUGUUUUCCAACAGUAUUCCUUAAUUUUUCAACUGUUUUUGGCAUCUUUCAUUUGGGUUUUGCUUAACCUUUUGUAAAUGUAGUCGUUAAACUCAUGUUCUUUUACUUAUUUUCAGAAAUCCGAGCCAUCACCGCAAUUACAACAGCCUCCAAAGUCUUCCACACCAGCCAAAGAAGCUCCAGCUAAAGAAAACAAGCCCGCAAGUGUAAAAGAAAAGCCAUCUUCAAAUAGCAAAAAGGAAAAGGAGAAAGGAAAAGAAAAGGAAAAAGAAGCAAAGAAAGAAGAAGCAAAACCAGAGAAAACAAGUUCAAAGGAAAAAGACAAGAAACCUAGUACUGGGUAAGUUAUUAUACCUAAAUUUGGAUAUUUUUAGUUUAAGUAGGUUUUUAGGUAACAUAACGAAUUAAAAAUACGUUUUGUUGACUUAGUAAUAAAAUGAAUUGUUUCAAGGAAACGUAUGUUAUUCUACAUGUUUUAUACUUUGGUUUAGGAAAGUAACAACAAAAUCAGUCGAAAAGAAGGAAGACAAAGUGGGAACGAAACCAACACAAGAAGAUGAAAAGAAAGCGAAAACAAAAGAAACAGGCACAACCGAAGGAGAAGAGGAGAAUCCAGAUGAGAAUAUCUGUGACGUCAAAAAGGUUCAGCGAAUGGGAGUGCUAGAAACCAAAGUGAGCGAUGAAUUCGAAGCACGGAACAAGGACAUUAUGAACAUGCCUUCAGAACACGAAGAGAAGCGUGGCAACUCGGUGAAACAACCGCCCAAGAACGUGGUCAUAAAUGAAGAUGCGUGCAAAUUAUACGAACUGGAAGACGUCGAAACAGAAGACGAAAACAAUGAGAAUCCCGACGCUGAAUUGUAA